AUGUCCAAGACAAUGAUAGAAAAAGUUGAUGAAGUUUUAGAAACAGAAGUUUGUGCAGCAGAUCAAAAAAUGAUCAACCUUUUUGGUAGAUUAAAUAAUAGAAAACAUGAAUUAAUGAGAGAAAAGAAAGCAAAACAAGAAGAUUUAGAAAAAGCAACAGAUUCACAAGAUGAUUUAUUUAUUGCAGAUGAUGAUUCAAAAUUCAAAUAUUCAAUGGGAGAAGCAUUUUUAGAAGUUAAUAAAGAAGACGCAGAAUCAUUGAUUGAAAAAUAUAUUAACAAACUUGAAGAAGAUAUUAAAAAGAUAGAUAGCGACAUUAAUGAUAUUAAUGAAAAACAUAAAGAAUUAAAAGUUAUACUUUAUGCUAAAUUUAAAAAUUCUAUAAAUUUAGAAGAAUAA